AAACAGCCCUCUGGAAGCUGACGGAGAAACAGCUUGCGUCGCUUUCCCAUAGUGCGCCUGCGUUGUGGGAGCUAACGUGUUGCGUAUUACGUUAUCUUACGUGCGUGUGGGGGAGGCGGGGUCAAGAGUUUGAAUCGGCUGGCGGGAACGCCUCUAGUCUACUUUUUAAAAAAAGCACGCGGAGUUUAGAAAAGGGCUUCCUGGGCUGCGGCUUUGCGUGAGAUUUUGCCUCCUGUUUUCUUUAAAUCCAAGUGGUGCCUCGCUCGGCCUCGUGUUCCCGAUGGCGAAGCAGCAGAGCCGGGAGCAGGGUAUCACUUUGAGGGGCAGCGCCGAGAUCGUCGCAGAGUUUUUCUCCUAUGGCAUCAACAGUAUCUUAUACCAACGUGGGAUCUAUCCAGCUGAAACCUUUACGCAUGUCCAGAAAUAUGGACUGACUAUGCUUGUAACUGCAGACUCUGAGCUUAAAAACUAUCUGAACAAUGUAGUAGGACAGCUAAAAGAAUGGCUCACCGAGUGCUCAGUUCAGCGACUAGUUGUGGUGAUCUCCAGUAAGGAAACCAGUGAAAUUCUUGAAAGGUGGCAAUUUGACAUUGAAUGUGACAAAGCUGCAAGGAAUGAAAAUGCACCAAGAGAGAAAUCUCAGAAGGCUAUUCAGGAUGAAAUUAAAUCUGUUAUCAGACAAAUAACAGCUACAGUGACAUUUCUUCCAUUGUUAGAAACUACUUGUGCAUUUGAUUUACUAGUUUACACAGACAAAGACUUGGAAGUUCCAGAAAAAUGGGAGGAGUCCGGUCCACAGUUUAUUGCUAAUUCAGAAGAAGUCCGUCUUCGUUCCUUCACAACUACGAUACACAAGGUCAGCAGUACGGUGGCCUACAAAAAGGAUUCCUUUCCUUGACUGGGCAAAUGUCUCCAUUAUAUAUGUUGUCUUUCUGUAAACUAUCAUAGCCAGUUGUAAUCAUAUUCUGAGCAGAUCCUGGGGAAUUUACUGUAGUCCAGUUUGAAUAAUGUCAAGAGCAAAAAUGCACUUCAUACAUGUCUACAUUUGGUAAGUGGGGCAUUGCUGCUUAUACCACAGAGACUUUUUGCCUGGAGCUAUCUUCCCGAUGCAUGCUUAGUUGCUUCAGAUUUGAUAAUGAAAACACCUUUCUCUUCAACCUGGAUUAAGCAAUGGCAACAAAGAAAUUCCUCAAGAACAAAACACAGUAUAAGAGCUGAGUUUUUACCCUGAACCACAUUGGUGGAGAAAUACUGUGGAUGUAUAGGCUAACAGUCCUGGGGGCUGUGUUUGUUUCUCAUUGUGGCAUUUGCACAAUAUAGAAGCAGCAUAAUUAUUUGAGAGGGAAAAGUGUUACAGGAGUUAGGGUGUCUGCUCUAAUUCUGUCUACUAAACAGCCUGGGUUUUUCCCUUCCUCUUGAACAGGGAUGCUUUAUUGUAAACGUUGGCCAAAUGUCUUUUUUAAUGUUUGCAGCCUUUUGUAGAAUAAAGCCUUUAAAAUCAGAGUUUUCAACUCGUCUAUCAACCAGUGAUGUAUGGGGACUGCUUCUUGUGCUUCUGAUCAUUGCAUCUACUUAUCCUGUGUGUCAUAACUAAACACAGCAGCAAUUUAGCAACAAUAUCAAACGUAGAGGGAAGAAUAUGUCUUGUGUAGGGGGUGGUAAGUGCUUGCUGCUCUUCUAUGGUAACCUAGAUGUUAGAAAGUGAAGCGGCUGAUAAUGCUUACCAUGUAAAUAUUGUUUUCAAUGCUCUAUGAUGUCUUUCAGCUAUUUAGGGAAUUUAUAUACAUCCUCCCCAGAGACCUGCUUGAGAUGACUCACCAGUGAAAACAGUAUGACAAAAACCACCACCAGUUCUCUUCCUAGUGGAUAUGUGGGUUGAGAGACUAGCUUGUGUAAAGGCAUGGUUGUUUAGUGGUUGAGAGUUGGCAUGGGAUCUGGGAGACUGGUACAUACGUAUUCCCACUCUGCCAUGGAAGCUUGCUGGGUGACUUGGGCCAGCCAUGGACACUCAGCUAAGUUACCUCAGUUUUGCUGUAGGAAUGAAAUAGAGAACAGAAUUAUGUAAACUGCUCAGGAUCCUAUUGCAGAGAAUUAAGAUCUAGUGAGUUCUUAGUCGAGGAAACAAGGAAUGGCUUAUUCAGUUGCUGUAUGUACCUUUGCAAUCUAAUUUUAAAUGUUUAAUAAAAAUGGUCUCUAGUCACUGUUUGAA